CUAAAAGGGCCCUAUUUUCCUCUGCCAGUCUCAAUCCUCGCAGGAAAAGUUGUAAUGCCCGUCAGUCUAAUAGCUUCCCUCUUGAAACGUGGCUCUGAUACCCAUCAGUCUCAUGCCCAUCAGACAAGUGUUUGCCUUUUCUACGAGAUGGAGCGGGAAAUCCAGUGAUUGGGGCCAGGUGGUGACCCAAUUCCAUGGAGGAGUGGGAAACAAGGAGGAACGUUGCAGCAGAAGAAGGCGGUCAGCCAAGCGGGCCGGCUAAGGAGCAUAGCAUGGAUGCUCAUGGAUUCUCGCCUCGGCUGGAACGUUGGUUUAAUUCUAUGGUAUAUGCAGAAGAAAGGACUCAGUUCAUGUAUUCUCAGACUCGAUGGGGAAAGAUACCAAAGGUUCCUCAGAUGCUGAGACACACCCAGGAUUUCGAGAAAUUCUAUGAACCGAGGGUGAUUUCAUUCGGUCCUUACCAUCAUGGCAAACCCCAUCUUCUCCAAGGGGAAAUGCUCAAGCCUCUAUGUGGCAGAAGGUUCCUGCGUGACAGUGGCCAGUCCAUCCAAAAUUUGUACAGAAAAAUUGAAAGCAAUAUCAAGUUAGUGAGGAUGUGCUAUGAUGAAGAUCAGACAUACAAAUAUGAUGAUGAAGAACUCGCCUGGAUGAUGCUUCUAGAUGGGUGUUCUUUACUAUAUUUCAUCCUAUGUGUGAUGAGAAGAAAUGAGAGCCAGUUGAGUGAUUUGAAUGUUAAAAGUCAUUUCGUUGCUUUUGUGCAACUGGACUGUUUCUUGCUUGAGAAUCAACUUCCCUUUGGAAUCCUCGAGUUGUUGUUCGAGGGAGCAAGAUUAGGGGCGGAUACAAUGGAAGAGAUGAUAGAAAGAUUCAUCACUUCUAACAUCGCCAAGCCACGAGGAACAAUGGCUUCAGACUUAGAUCUUGUAAAGGAUCCCUCUCAUCUCCUCGACCUUUUGCGAAGUGGGCUUCUCGGCCCUCAGCCUGUACCUGAACAAAAAGGACAGUCUGAAGGAAUAUGGCGGGGGACCGGUCCAAGGGAAAUGCGCAAACAAGGGGACUGGCAGUCGUAUCGAAACAUCAAGGAGCUUGAAGCUGCCGGGAUCUAUCUUAAACCGAGUAGGACGACUUACAUGAGAGACAUUUCUUUCGAGUCCUACUUCUUCUUUGGAUACCUGAAACUUCCUCAUAUAACCAUAGACGCCUCCACGAAGCUUAAGCUGUUGAACUUGGCAGCUUAUGAAAUGAGUCCAAAUGGCCCAGGUGAUUUUGGAGUCACUUCUUAUAUAUGCUUCCUUGACUCCCUCAUUAAGAAUGCUGAGGAUGUGAUGCUGCUGCAAUCAAAUUACACUCUCUUCAACUUUCUCGGAAGUGACGAAAAGGUGGCAGACCUCUUCAACGACAUUGCCAAGGAUCUGGUGCCUAACCGUGAUGCUUAUGCUCUGGUCAAAGCCGGCGUUCAGAAGCAUUACAAUACCAGGGUAAAUGUCUGGAUCUCCAAAUGGCUGCACUCCAAUUUCACCUUUCUGGCCUUCAUUGGUGCAGUCGUGGCCCUUGGUUCAAGUAUCUGCCAAACCUACUUUGCAGCUUUCCCCCCUCAUAAAUGACAUCACCACCCACCAAUUAAACCUCUCAUUAUUUAUUUACUACUACUUGAAGCUGUUUAUGUGUGAGCUAGAGAAUGAAUUCGAUGUCUCUCUCUCUCGAGUUUCUCCCUUUCGUAAUCAAUAUAUGUAAUUUAUGUGUGAUAUAUAUAAUAUCUUAAACAAUGUAUGCAAUAUAUGUGUGAUAUAUAUAAUAUCUUGCAUGAGAAUACUAUGGUUCCUUUUAUCAUUAAUUCAACGUUUGGUUAAAUUCAAGGUUU